CCAGCCCUUGAACUGAUGCUUCGUUUCUGUGCUAGGCUCUCCUGGGGUUUGAUGUAUGCUGGCUUCAUCUUUAUUGUGGCUACUUUGAUGGCUCUUAUUGUAAAAUCUGCCCAAGUUGUCGUCCUGACUGGCUUUGUGGUGGUCUUCACCCUCUUUCUCCUCUAUGGCCUGUCUUUGAUAACUUUAGCUUUCCUGAUGAGCGUGUUGAUAAAGAAACCUUUCCUUACUGGAUUGGUUGUCUUUCUCCUUACUGUCUUUUGGGGGAGUCUGGGAUUCACUGCAUUGUACAGACAUCUUCCUGCAUUUUUGGAAUGGACCCUAUGUCUUCUUAGCCCUUUUGCUUUCACUGCUGGAAUGGCUGAGCUUAUACAUUUGGACUAUGAUGUGAAUUCUAACAUCCAUUUGGAUUCUUCAGACAACCCAUACCUAAUAAUAGCUACUCUUUUCGUGUUGGUUUUUGAUGCUCUUCUGUAUUUGGCUUUGACAUUAUAUUUUGACAAAAUUUUGCCCACUGAAUACGGACAUCGAUGUUCUCCUUGGUUUUUCCUAAAAUCCUCUUUUUGGUUUCAACACCAAAGGGCUGGUCAUUUGGCCCUUGAGAAUGAAAUAGAUUCAGAUUCUUCAUCCAACGACUCUUUUGAACCAGUGUCUCCAGAAUUCCACGGGAAAGAAGCCAUCAGAAUAAGAAAUCUUAGGAAAGAAUAUGGAAAAGGAAAUCAUGAAAAAGUAGAAGCCUUGAAAGGUCUGGUAUUUGACAUAUAUGAAGGCCAGAUCACUGCCCUCCUUGGUCACAGUGGAGCUGGGAAAACGACCCUGUUAAACAUGCUCAGUGGACUGUCCGAACCAACAUCAGGUUCGGUCACAAUCUAUAAUCACACCCUUUCGGAAAUGACUGACUCCAAAACCGUUAGCAAGCUCACUGGAGUCUGUCCACAAUCCAAUGUGCAAUUUGGCUUCCUCACUGUGAAAGAAAAUCUCAGGCUCUUCGCUAAAAUAAAAGGGAUUCAGCCACAUGAAGUGGAACAAGAGAUGCAACAAGUUUUAAGGGACUUGGAGAUGGAAAAUAUUCAAGAUAUUCUUGCUCAAAAUUUAAGCGGUGGACAAAAAAGGAAACUAACUUUUGGGAUUGCCAUUUUAGGAGACCCUCAGGUUUUGCUAUUGGACGAACCAACUGCUGGAUCAGAUCCUCUUUCAAGGCACUGUGUAUGGAACCUCCUAAAAGAGAGGAAAUCCGAUAGAGUCAUUCUCUUCAGUACCCAGUUCAUGGAUGAGGCUGACAUCCUGGCUGAUAGGAAGGUGUUUAUAUCCAAUGGGAGGCUGAAGUGUGCGGGCUCUUCUCUAUUCCUGAAGAAGAAAUGGGGCAUCGGCUACCAUUUAAGUUUGCAUCUGAAUGAAAUGUGUGAUCCAGACAAUAUAACAUCACUUGUUAAACAGCACAUCCCUGAUGCCAAAUUAACAGCACAAAGUGAAGAAAAGCUCAUAUAUAUUUUGCCUUUGGAGAGGACAAACAAAUUUCCAGUCUACAGAAAGCUCAUUUUUGCUACAAGUUUUUCAACUGGAAACCUGUUAUUAUCACACUGUUUUGAUUUUAGAAUUUCUCCAAGAAGCAGUGGCAUUUUUCCAAACCCAGAAGAACCCGAAGGAGAGGAUGAAGAUGUUCAGAUAGAAAGAAGGAGAACCACAAAUGCUGGGACUGUUGAAGACUUUGAUGAGAAACCCGUCAUCAUUGCUAGCUGUCUACGGAAGGAAUAUGCAGGCAAAAAGAGAAACUGCUUUGCUAAGAGGAAGAAAAAAGUGGCCAUAAGAAAUGUCUCUUUCUGUGUUAAAAAAGGUGAAGUUAUAGGGCUCUUAGGACACAAUGGAGCUGGUAAAAGUACAACUAUUAAGAUGAUAAUUGGAGAUACAAAUCCAACCGCAGGGCAGGUGAUUUUGAAAGGGAGCAGUGAGGGGGACUCCCUCGGGUUCCUGGGAUACUGUCCUCAGGAGAACGUGCUCUGGCCCAACCUGUCAGUAAGGGAACAUCUAGAGGUGUUCGCUGCCAUCAAAGGGCUGAAGAAAGGGGACGCCACAGUCACCAUCACACGGUUGGUGGAUGCACUCAAGCUGCAGGACCAGCUGAAGCUGCCUGUGAAGGCCUUAUCCGAGGGAAUAAAGAGGAAGGUGUGCUUCGUGCUGAGCAUCCUGGGAAACCCAUCAGUGGUGCUUCUGGAUGAGCCAUCCACGGGCAUGGACCCUGAGGGGCAGCAGCAAAUGUGGCAGGCUAUCCGGGCCACCUUUAGGAACACGGAGAGGGGCGCCCUCCUGACCACUCAUUACAUGGCAGAGGCAGAGGCCGUGUGUGACCGCGUGGCCAUCAUGGUGUCCGGAAGGCUGAGAUGUAUCGGUUCCAUACAACACCUGAAAAGCAAAUUUGGUAAAGAGUAUCUGCUAGAGAUGAAGGUGAAGACCCCUGCCCAGGUGGAGCCCCUCCACUGUGAAAUUCUGAGACUUUUCCCCCAGGCUGCUCGGCAGGAAAGGUACUCCUCCCUGAUGGUCUAUAAGUUGCCUGUUGAGGAUGUGCACCCCUUAUCGCAAGCUUUCUUCAAAUUAGAGAUAGUUAAACAGAGCUUCGACCUGGAGGAGUACAGCCUCUCCCAGUCCACCCUGGAGCAGGUUUUCCUGGAGCUCUCCAAGGAACAGGAGCUGGAUGACUUUGAGGAAGAACUUGACCCUUCAGUGAAGAGGAAACUCCUCCCACAGGAAGACCCUUAAAGCCCCAAAUACCCUAUGUUUCUUUUUAGUCUUAUGCCUCUUUUUAAAGAUAAUAUUUUAUGUCAUUAAUAUAUCUUAUCUCAGAUAGGAUACAAAAUGCUUUUGAAACUCAUGUCCCCAUUUUUCUCAAUAACAUGAUGGAUAGUAGGACUAAGGAGAAAAGGCAGUGAGAGCCGUCUCAAAACCGGACCAUGGGGCCUCUGUACUCGCAACUAAAUCCCACAUGUCAUACGGAGGUAAAUCGAAAAUGCCUUUGUUGUAGAAUGUUCGGAUCUCUCAAGAUGACACAGAGAUUGCUUUAUUUUCUUUGUUUCAACAUCAAAAUUUUGAAUAUUUUCUUAUCCUUUUGAAUAAAGUGCGCAAGUACAAAGUAAGACCUAAUCCUGAUUUUAGGGGAAAGAGAGGCGGUGAUUACAGAACAGCACAGUAUUUGCUUUUUUUAAAGUUUUUGUUUAAAUCCCAGUUAGUUAACGUGCAGUGUGAUGUUGACUUCAGGUGGACAAUACGGUGACACAGCACACUUCCUUAUAAACACCUGGCGCUCAUCCCAACAAGUAUUUGUGUUUUGUAAUUCAGAGUUUGUUUGUUUUUGUUGUUGUUGUUGUUCGCUUAUUCAUAAUAAACGGAUUUUCCUUUUCUGUCAUUUUUCACAUUUUAUGUUGUGCAGUCUAUGUUUUGUCUGUUGUGACUGUCAAGGAAAUUUGAAACCUGUUAAAAUAAGUAAUUUCAGUAAGAAUUUGAAUAAUCAAGUUGGGGAAAGUUUAAAAAUGACAUCUCUUACAAUUUUGAAGCAUAUUUCUGAUUUUAUAUGUUUUCUUAUGAUGCAAGGGUCUACUCUUAUGCAGAUCUUAAUUUCUCAUGUUUAUGUAUGUUAUGACCUCUGCAACUGGUGACCCUGUAAACACCUUAAAAUCAGUGCAAUAUACUUGUAUACUCUUAUUUAGGUAAGUUUUUUUUGCUGUUCUUGCUACUGUUGCUGUUGUUAGCUCUUAUGGACUGACUUGUGUUCCCCUGAAAUUCUCUGUGCACUCACAUGAGGACACGGCAAGGUGGCUAUCUGCAAGCCAGGAAGAGAGACGUCACCAGAAACCAAGUUUUCUGGCGCCUAGCCUGGGAGUCACCAUUUGGAGAUGAGCUGCCUACAGAGCUCCCUGGACUGUGCAGGACCAAGGCAUGAAACACACACCCACACACACUCCAGUGCAAAACCAAAAAGUGAAACCCCUACAAAACACUUUGUGGCAUUGAGCUACUGAGGUUACUGAGACUGUGGGGUUGUUUGUUACAACAGAUAGUCAACAUUAUGUUAACUAACACAGAUCAUGCCAGGAAAUGGGUGGGGACAAAACCCUGGAGUAAGUAUUUCUUGCUGCAAUUGCCAAAGACCUUUGAACUAUUCUAAGCUGCCUGUCCCUAGUCCUUGCCUGGAUCAACUCUACAAGGGUGACCCUUCCUUCACUUUCAACCCAUUUGUCCCACACCAGCCUCAAAGUAUAGCCAAAUAACAGUAACUUCCAACCCAAGACAUGAUGCCUUUGGGUGAGUCCACCCUUCAUUGUAUUGUAAAAAGCCAAGAAGGGAUGACCUAACUUAGAUCUACAAAGUUAUACUGAGUGAAUGUUUGGAGUAUUUGAAGUAGAAAGUAAGAAUAAUUUAUUCCAAGGGAUUAAUAAAUGAAAACAUUGCAGUGAUUAUGAAUAAAUAAUUUUAAUGAUACUGGGUUUGUUUUUCUCAUACUAGAUGUGCUUUUCUCAACAGUGACACUGUUAACACUUUGUGCCAGAGAAUUCUUUGUUGGGGGAGGGAGAAAGGAGAGGUUGUCCUGUGUCUUGUAGAAUAUUCAAUGGCAAUCCUGAUCUGUACUCACUAGAUGCCAGUAGCAAUCUCCACCUGAGUGUGACAAUCAAAAACAUUUCCAGACAUUGUCCACAUCACCCCACUGUAUUACAAUUAUAUGUCCUUAAGCCAACUGCUUGGAAUUUUAUCAUCUUGGAGCGAAGUAAAAAAUGAAUUAAAGAUAGUGGAUCUUGUUCA